GCCGUCAACGAGGGCAGGGGGGAAACAAGCGAAAGCUAAAAGUUUCGUUUAGCCUGCGUUUCGCGUGACGCGUCACAAGCUGGCUUGGCCUACUUUUAUUUUAUCGUAAUCUUAGUCACAAAGGAAGGUGUUUGUGUGAUAAAUAGGUGAAGUGUCUCUUACUGGGAGACAAGCGUAAAUAAGUGUAGUCAAAAAUAAAGUAGCUAGCCAACGGGCCUACAUAUAUUGUUGUUUUUGUGACCAUGAGAAGAGGCUAUUCUUAUGGCGACAGAGACCGUGGACGAGACAGAAAAAUGGCAUUGCAGUAAAAAGUCACAUUUGGAGUCCUGAUUGCCAGAAACUCUGCAGUUAACUAGGUAGCUAGAUAGCUGCCGCUAAACUGAGGCAGAGUGACUGACAGUCAAGGCAAAGAUAAUUCCCAGAUGGCAGAAAGGUCUAUCUACAAUGAGUUUGAUAGGCCUCAUUCUGCGCCAGUGGGUAGUUACAAUAGUGGCAACCGGCCUAUGACGUUUGGGAACCCAGGCGACCGUCUCCGUAAAAAGAGAUGGAACCUGGACGAGCUGCCAAAAUUUGAGAAGAACUUCUAUACUGAGCAUCCAGAAAUCCAACGCUUGAGUCAGCAAGAAAUGGAAGAGUUUCGUAGGAGGAAGGAAAUCACCAUUAAAGGCUCUGACUGUCCCAAAGCUGUCAUCACUUUUCAACAGGCACAGUUUCCACAAUAUGUGAUGGAUGCGUUGACACAGCAGAACUUUACAGAGCCCACAGCAAUCCAGUCUCAGGGCUUCCCUUUGGCUCUGAGUGGCAAGGACAUGGUGGGGAUAGCACAGACCGGUUCUGGAAAGACUCUAGCUUACCUACUGCCCUCCAUAGUGCACAUUAAUCAUCAGCCCUACCUGGAGAGAGGAGAUGGGCCCAUUUGUUUGGUCCUAGCGCCAACAAGAGAACUGGCCCAGCAGGUUCAACAGGUGGCUUUGGAGUAUGGCAGUUCUUCCAGAAUCAAAAGCACCUGUGUCUACGGUGGAGCACCCAAAGGACCACAGAUUCGAGACCUUGAGAGGGGUGUUGAGAUCUGCAUUGCCACUCCUGGUCGCCUGAUUGACUUCCUGGAGUCAGGAAAGACCAACUUGAAUCGCUGCACUUACCUUGUGUUGGAUGAAGCUGACCGCAUGCUAGACAUGGGUUUUGAACCACAGAUUCGCAAGAUUGUUGAUCAAAUUCGGCCGGACAGACAAACACUAAUGUGGAGUGCAACUUGGCCCAAGGAUGUCCGUCAGCUUGCUGAAGACUUCUUAAGAGACUACAUCCAGAUUAAUGUUGGAGCCCUGGAACUCAGUGCCAACCACAACAUCCUGCAAAUUGUUGAUGUUUGCAUGGAAAACGAAAAGGAUCACAAACUUAUUCAGCUGAUGGAGGAGAUUAUGGCAGAGCAGGAAAACAAAACCAUCAUCUUUGUGGAGACAAAGAAAUCCUGUGAUGAACUGACAAGAAGGAUGCGGAGGGAUGGGUGGCCAGCCAGGUGUAUCCAUGGAGACAAGACCCAGCCAGAAAGAGACUGGGUACUUUCAGACUUCCGAAACGGGAAAGCUCCCAUUCUGAUUGCCACAGAUGUUGCCUCUCGGGGUUUGGAUGUUGAAGACAUCAAGUUCGUCAUCAACUAUGACUAUCCCAACUCCUCUGAGGAUUACGUCCACCGUAUUGGACGUACGGCGCGCAGCACCAACAAGGGCACGGCCUACACCUUUUUCACUCCGGGGAACGCACGCCAGGCCAGAGACCUUGUCCGAGUUUUGCAGGAGGCCAAUCAGGCUGUCAGCCCCCAGCUGCUUCAGAUGGUUGAGUCAUGCCAAGGAAGAGGAGGUGGAAGAAUGCGUUACCGUAGCAGCAACUCCCACAAUCCCAACAUGAUGUACCAGGAUGGGAAUCAUCGCCGCAUGCGCCAUGGAGAAGGAAGCGGCGGUGGCAGGGGCGGCCGCCCUGGUUACGGCCGCGGCGAGCGUACCAAUGAAGCCUUCUCUUCCUCCUACAAUGACCGUAGCCGUGACGGCAGAAACAGCCACAGUUCAGAUCAGUACCAGAGUUACAGCGGCGGCUAUAAUGCCCCCGGCAGAGGCCAGUCUGCAAGUAACGGAGGGAUGGAUCAGUCGAGUCAGCAUCAGGGUCAGUUCGCCCAGCCUCGUCCUCCGUCUGUGCUACCAGGGGGGCCUCGGCCUCUCAUAGCUAAGCAGUUUGCUUCACCUCAGCCCCCGGUAAUGGGCUUCAUGGGGCGCCCGCCUUACCCUUUUAAGCCGCCUCCUCCCGGCCCUUCUCCCCGCUAAUAUGUACUACGUGUCAAUUAUAGAUUCCAGUUCUCUGUCUGCUAUGGAAGCUUCAGGCUUUAGUUUCGCCAUGUAGUUCAGUGCUACGCUGAAAUAUCAUUGCAGCAAAACAAUUUGCAAAUGCGUAUCUCAAUCUGUGUGUAUGAAAUCCACGUGUCUGUUUUAAUUUGUGUGUCUGUGUUUAGAUUUUUGUUUGUAAAAACAAUUAGCUUAUCCGUGUUGCGAUUUUUGUGUUUUGUUUGGAUUUGUCUUUGUGUGUGUGUGUGUGUGUAAACAACAUCUGUGUGUCUGUGUUAAAAUCUGUAGGUCUGUGUGGCGGGCCGUGCGUUUCGCACCUAGGCCCUCUGUGAUGUCCGACUUCAAUAAUUACCUCUCAAAAUACCAUAAUUUAUGUCACCACAUGACCGUUGCUGGAGAAAUACUAUACAGAAACACAUUUACGCUCUACUGGGAAUUGAACCACAUCAACAGUGUACAAAACGGGUUAUUUUCUGGCGCAUUUAAAAAACAAUUAAAAUGCAUCAGCAAGUAAAACAUAUUUUAUGUGGUCGUGUCAAAAUUUAAAUUGCAAAAAACAUUAAAAGUGAAAAAAUUAGAUAUUUGAACUCACAAUUUAUUAGAACCUUUUUGACGCCGUAUAAGCCAGUCAGGGGCGCUGCUAGGGAUUUUGGGCCCCAUGAAAUAAUCUUUACAGGGCCCCCGUAUUAUAAUUUCAUCAUCAUUAGGGGCCUCUCUGGGCCCCCCUCCAUCAUGGGCCCCUAGAAUCCGUCUCCUUUACCCCCCCCCCCCCCCCCCCCCCUUUCGGCGCCCCUGAAGCCAGUGGUGCCCCUCGUCGUCGGCUUAUUCGAGUGGAAAUGACGGGCCUUUACCCAUUUCAUCGCCAGAACAGCUGAGCUAGCUUCCGGGGUUGGCCGACAUCGCCUCACAAGUUGUAGUUUCUCUUUAAAUAUCCUUCUUGAAAAGGGCCUUGCAAAUAUAUAUCUGCCACCUAAUCAACGUUUUGUUCUCCUUCUCUGCUAGCCCCGUCUGGCUACGGCGCAACACUUCCCGCUUCCUGCUAAAUUGAAACUUGUAAAUGGAUACUCACUUUGGAAUAACAAGUGAGUAUCCAAUGACAGUCUGGUUAACAUCCGACUACUUGGAUAGGCUACUGUCAACAACUUGUGAUCUGAUUGGCUAUCGCAACUAUCUAUCAACUCUAUAUGUUCUCAAAUUCAUCCGCUAACGGUCCUGAUGAGUAUCCAAUCACAGGACGCGUAAAUGUCACGUUUAACGUGAGGCCAGCUAGAAGGCCUUACUGACAACAACUCGUGAUCUGAUUGGCUAUCGCAACUGUCUAGCAACUGUAUGUCCCCGUUCACUUACAGUGCACGGACGUCCGCAUUGAUUCUGUAGGUGUCUGGCAGAUUUGGUACAGCAUGGCAACAUAAGUUAGCUGAAUUCUGAUUGGAUACAAACUAAAACUAAAAACAACAGCUCUGGAAGGAGCAUAAUAUGACAUGAAGAGAAUAUGAAUACUUUUAGAUAUUUGGGGAAAGUAAAUAAAAAAAUAAUUGUAUCUUUAAUUAUGAUUAUGAUAUCUGAUUAGAGAAGGCACUGCUGGCCCUGGCAGCACACCACUGCUAUGUAUAUGUGUGUGUGUGUGUGUGUGUGAAAGAAAUCUGUGUGUCCGUGUUAAAUUUUUUGUUUUAUUAAAUGUAACUUUUGCUACACAUUUAUCGUGGCAGAUGUGUGCGGGUGUGCGUGCAGUAAUCUGUAGGUGUACAAAAGAUUUGUCUCGUCGGUGCCUAGAAUCCAGUGAUGUUUAACCAGGCUGAAGUUAGCUUCCGAUACAAAUAAUGGCCGAUACUGAUAGUCGAUAGCAGACUGAUACUUUUGACCUAAAAUGACGUUUAAUUGAAUAAUUUGUCACUGCUGUUGUUGCAUAAUAAUAAAAAACAACAAUGUAACCAAAAUAGGAAUAUAAAUGUGGCAUGAAAAAUCAUAACUUUGUAAAACCUUUCAUCUAUUUGGACAAAAUUAUCCCACAGAUGGUGAAAAUUACGAAUAACAUAAUUUGUGAUUUGGGAAACCUUUAUUCUAUUUUUGAAAUUAAUUGUAGUUUGCGUUUUCAGCAGUGUAUAACUGGAAUGUGUGAUGUUAAACUAAUAGCAACAGUCACUGCAUGAAAAGAGACCUGAUUGAUCCGGUGUUUCUAAGUAGAAUAAAAUGUUUGAUAUAGAAUACUAACAAGGCAUUAUUCAAUGAUUAUGACAUUUUUAUUUAAAUGUCAGUCAGGUAUCGACUAUUUGAAACGGUCAGAAAAAAUAAGAAUUUGUUUGCAAAUACCAAAUCUAAACAAGCAUAUUGAUGGCAAAACGGACAGAUGUUUUGUUUACAAACACACGAAUCCAAACAGGCACACAUAUUAGAACGCGUACAAACGGAUUACACACACACAUUGAGAUACGCAUCUGCAAAUUGUUUUGCUACAAUAAUAUUUUCGUAUGGUUUUAUGUUUUUAAAAUAACCUGCAUGCAUGGGAUUCACUUGUCUGUGCAUUGAUUUAUAAACAUAUGAUAUUUGUUUCUUAAAGUAGAGUAGAUUGAAUUCAGUCGUUUGGGAGGGUGAACUGGUGGUCAGCAUAUUAGAAGUAUAGUAAGGGCCGCCCCAGGCUAAAUUAGGGCCCUAAACAGAAAUGUAUUUGGGUUAGGGUUAACGCUUGGGCACCAAAUAAGACCACAAACAAAAUGGCGCAUCCUGAAAUGACGGUCAGAGAGCGGGGUGAAGAUGAUCUGUAAAACAAAAUCUCUGCAAAAUGUUGAACCACCAUUACAAGUUAUGUAGAACACUAGGAUGUGUUUUAAAUGUAGAAAAAUAGCACAACAUGACCCCCUUUAAAGGGGAACUGCUCUUAUUUGGGAAUUACCUAUCAGAAUAUAGCAAGUAUGGCCCGGUUGGUAGAGCGGCCGUGCCAGCAACUUGAGGAUUCCAGGUUCAAUCCCCGCUUCCGCCAUCCUAGUCACUGCCGUUGUGUCCUUGGGCAAGACACUUUACCCACCUGCUCCCAGUGCCACCCACACUGGUUUAAAUGUAACUUAGAUAUUGGGUUUCACUGUGUAAAAGCGCUUUGAGUCACUAGAGAAAAGCGCUUUAUGAAUAUAAUUCACUUCACAUUCAUAAUCCUUAUGUAAGACAAGAACAGUUUUUUUAUUUUUUUAAUGCGUUUAAGUCGUAAAAUACUGAUAGUACGAGGUGGCUAAUAAUGCAGUUAAUGGGAGUACACUAGUCCGCCCAUAAAGCCCUCUAAAAACAUCAAAAAACUACCAACAAUACUCCAUUUACAUCUUCUGACCCGAAUAUUGACCAAUAGCAAUAGCAAUAUUGUUGUUAUAAGCUAUACCGCAGACAAACUAUUUUCAGCGCCUGCCGUGAUCACAGAGAGCUAACUAGCUUAUGCUGCUAUAUUGACAUACUGAGCCGGUGAGCUGCUGCAUCGCCUUGGAGCUGGUGAAAAUGAAUUGUAGAUUAUAAAUCAUGCCUCCCACCUGUGGCCAUAAACCGAGAAGUUGGUCAACUUUAAAAGUAAACUAGACUUGGAGAUGGCAAGAAAGACAAAAAAACGCUUGUUUGCGGCCAACCUGCGUAAGAAUAAUGAUUAUUUUCUUUAUCUAAACGGCAUCCCAGUGAGAGCAAACAUUGUACAGUAAGUGAUUGCUUUAUUAUGUUUGUAUUUCUUGUUUAGCACUUACCAAUACUGCUGCAUGAUCUUAGUGUGUCACUAAAGCUGGAUCUGUUUGGCACAAAGCUUUUAAGACUUGUAGAUCAUCCUCUUUAUAUUCAGGCUCAAAAAUCUAAAGUUCUGGAUCAUCAUUUGGUCCCAAAGUAGUCUUUGAGGGCUCUCAUGAAGUCUGCCUUGAGUUGUUGGGUGUCAGUAGUGAUUGGAUUGAAUUGAUUGAAAACUGUUAUUAGCAGAUUGCACAGUACAGUUAAUAUUCCGUACAAUUGACCACUAAAUGGUAACACCCGAAUAAGUUUUUUAACUUGUUUAAGUCGGGGUCCACGUAAAUCAAUUCAUGGUGCAAAUAUAUACUAUCAGCAUAAUACAGUCAUCCCACAAGUUAAUCAUCAGAGUAUAUACAUUGAAAUAUUUACAUUAUGUAUAAUAUUUACAAUCAAAGUAGUGUUGUUGAAGGGAAACGCGAACGUUUUAAUGCGUUUGUGAAAUAAUACUCGGCUGUAUACUUAAAAUGAGCAAAACACGUAAAUAUUACAUGUUAUUAUGAAUGUUAAUACAUUACAUGUUUUUAGAGCGCUUUAUAGUUGGAAUAGAGCGACUCAUGGGCUCCAUUGUUAGCUGACUUUUGCAAACGUUUAUGAGUUAAAUUGCAUUAAAAAAAAGAAAAACGUGUGAUUGUCUUACAAAAGGAUUAUGAAUGAUAGGCAACAUUUCACAAAAAGUGCACAUCCCCUUUGACAUUAUUAAGACACAAAUCUAACACGAGAACGACGGAGUUUGAAGGGUAAAUGUAUCAUUUUAGUCUCAUCAGUGACGGAGCAGGAUGUGGCUGGGAUAAGUUUCUGAUAAGAUUUCGUACUAAAUGCCCUGGCAUUCGUCAAGGGACAUUUUCUGUGUUUCUUCACACAAAACGGGGCCCUAGUUCAGUGCAGUUUUUACAAAGUGCUUGUCUUGACACCUCACAUUUUUGAGUUAUUACUGCAAAAAUACUUUUGAAACAUAGUGGCGGAGUGCGACAUGUCGGCAAACUUUUCACAACGAAGGAGAGUAUCCUGAAUCUCCUAGUGACUAAUACAUGUCUGACCUGGAUGAGGGGUGUGUUUGGGAUUAUGCAGCCUUGGCGCAGGUGUGGGGAGUCUCGUUCUCCGGGAGCUUUUUUAUUAUUACAGAUUUCAUUUCUUCUCGAUUUUUCUGAGCACCACAUGUUGUAUGAAAGUGAAGGUUGUGCUCUGAUGCACUAGUACGAGUGUACUAUUUCCGUUUUUGUCUCUAAA